AUGAGUUUCUGUGGCACUAAGUUUACUAAUGGACUAAAAAAUGAACUGCCAAAUAUGCAUUUAAAUUAUAUUAAAUACACUUUCUGUUUCCAACUUAGGUUGAUCAGCAGCUUUUGUUCUGUUAGAAUCCUUCAAAGAGAGAAGCUCAAACAGGAAAAAGAAGGCAUAUAUAAAACAGUAAACACUGACCUCCUGAGGUUCCUACAACAUAAAAAUAUUCAAGUAGAAAAUCUACAUCACUUAGCAGCGGCUAUGUCUGUAGUUGAGCACACCAACAGCGCUUUAGUGUGUAAGGAGCAGAUGAAGUAA